AUGAACCUCCCCUCCCCCUCCCUCCACGCUCCUCACCCCAAGAAACCAAACUUCUCCCUCCACGUCUCCCAACCCAAAUCCGCCUUCGCCGCCGGCUCCGCCCGCUGGACAAACCUCGACCUCGAUCCCGUCCCUCCCCACCUCCGGAAAUGGGGCCUAUGGUCUUUCGUCGCAUACUGGAUAUCCGACGCCUUUAACGCUGCGACAUGGGAGUUUGCUAGUAGUAUCUUGGCGAUCGGGUUGACGUGGAAAGAUUCUUUGGGGAUCGUGGCGACGGGGUUCACGAUUGUGAGUUUCGUUAUUGCUGCGAAUGGUGCCAUUGGGGCGAUUUAUCAUGCCCCGUUCCCGGUGUUGGCACGUGCGAGUUGGGGAUUUUGGGGAUCCUAUGUCGCGAUUAUCUCUCGUGUCAUCCUCGCCAUCUUUUGGUUCGCGAUUCAAACCAUGAACGGCGCAAACACCAUCCGUGUCAUGCUCGGCGCUAUCUGGCCUUCCUUCCUCACCCUCCACAACUCGAUCCCGGAAUCGGAGGGAAUAGCGACGAAUACCAUGAUCUCCUUCGUGCUCUUCUGGUUGCUCCAGCUUCCGUUUUUAUGGAUGCACCCAAACAACCUCCGGUUCCUCUUCCUCGCAAAAUCAAUCAUCGUCCCAAUCGCCUGGAUCGCGAUCCUCAUCUGGGCAUUCAAGUCCACCUCAGGAGGCGGCACCCUCUUUUCCCAAUCCGCCCCCUCGGUUCACGGCUCCGCAUACGCCUGGGGCUGGCUCUCGAGCUUGACCUCCGUGAUCGGAAACUAUGCAACCCUCAGCGUCAACAUGCCAGAUUUCUCCCGUUACAGUCGUAUCUCGUGGAAAUGGCAAAUCAUCUACAUCCCCGCCCUCCCCCUCGUCUUCACCUUCAUCUCCUUUAUCGGAAUCGCCGCAUCCUCCGCCGGUGAAGCAAAGUACGGCACACUCCAAUGGGAUCCCAUGGCACUCAUCGCUCAAUGGGACUCCCGAGCCUGCCGAUUCUUCGCGGCCUUUUCGUUCGCAUUGGCGGCGUUAGGUGUGAACAUCUCCGCAAACUCCUUGAGCGCAGCAAACGACCUCACAGCCCUCUUCCCCCGCUACGUCAACAUUCGCCGCGGUCAACUCCUCUGCGCCGUACUCUCGUGGGCUCUCGUACCCUGGAAAAUCCUCGCGAGCGCUGGUAAUUUUUUGAAUUUCAUGAGUGCGUAUGCUGUUUUCCUCGGUCCCAUCGCUGCUAUCCUCGUCUCGGAUUUCUGGAUCGUGCAUCGUGGGAAAUAUGAUUCGUUGGCGCUCUAUAAUCCGACAUCCAGAUACCGGUAUACCCAUGGUCUAAACUGGCGCGCCAUAACCGCCUUCCUCGUCGGCGUGAUCCCGAACCUCCCCGGGUUCAUCAACUCCAUCAACUCCAAAAUUCACGUCGGUGUUGGUGUUCACCCAUAUCAGUUCGGGUGGUUAUUGGGUUUCGUGGGGACGUUUGCCGUUUAUGUUUUGUUGAGUUUGGUGUGGAGGGCUGAGGAGACGUUUAUGGAGAGAGCGGUGUUGCCGGAUGAGAUUUAUGGGAGGGGGCAGGAGGUGGAGUUGGAGGGGGUGCCGGUUGAGGGGGAGAUGGAGAUUAGGGCUGGGGGGGAGAAGGGGAAGUGGGUUGAUAAGUUCUUGUGA